UUCCCGCACGAAACCACCGUAAACCCCCCACGACAAAUGCUCCUCCGGGCGGCGGCCGCCGCCGCCCACCGCCUCCGCUUCAUCCCCCCGGUCCGCUGCAUAUCUUCCUUGAAGGUCCCGUGGCGCCGGGACGCGGCCCUGGACGCGUCCAUCGACCGCGACCGGCGCUUCCACCAAGCGUCCCGCCUCGUCCGCGAGGUGCUCCUCUCCCCCGGCCGCCGCCUCCUCCUCCGCUACCUUUCCAAGCGCCGCCAGCGCAUCCGCCUCCCGGUCCACGUCGCAACCUUCCUCCGCCGGUACCCCACGCUCCUCUCCGUCUCCCCUCCCCCCGACCCCGUCGCCUCCCCGUCCCCGCAGCUCGCCUCCUUCCUCGAAUUCGCAUCCCGUCUCCAGGCCACCCACUCCCCGCUCCUCGCCUCCAGGCUCGCCAAGCUCCUCAUGAUGUCCUCCACGCGCGCGCUGCCGGUCGCAAAGAUUGCUGCUGCCAAGCGCGUCUUCGGCCUCCCGGACGACUUCUUGGUCUCGCUGGUCCCGAGGCACCCCGAUCUCUUCCGCCUCGUCGGCGUCCCAGGGCCGGACGCGUCCGGCGACGCGUUCCUGGAGCUCACCUCCUGGGACGACCGGCUCGCGAAGUCCGCGAUUGAAUUGAGGGCGGACAGGGAGGCCGAUGUUGUUGGCAUACGGCCGAGGCCGAACUUUACAGUCAAAUUGCCAAAGGGGUUCUACCUCAAGAAGGAGAUGAGGGAGUGGGUGAGGGAUUGGCUUGAGUUGCCGUAUGUGUCACCCUAUGCCGACACUUUCGGGCUUCACCCGGCGUCACCAGAGGCAGAGAAGAGGUUGAUUGGUGUUUUACAUGAGGUAUUGUCCUUGUCAGUAGAAAGGAGGAUGGCGGUGCCAAUUAUAGGGAAGUUUUGUGAUGAGUUUAGGCUAUCGAAUGCGUUUUCUAACGCCUUCACAAGACACCCGGGGAUAUUCUACGUUUCGUUGAAGGGUGGCAUUAAGACGGUGAUAUUGAGGGAGGCGUAUGACGAAAAUGGAGAGCUUGUGGAUAGGGACCCUAUGAUUGAGUUGAAGGAGAGGUUCGUGGCAAUCAUGGAUGAGGGCCAUAAGAAGUAUUUGGAGGAGUUGAGGAGGAGGAAUGAGAUGCUGCAGAAAGAGAGGGCAAAUGCCAUUCACAGGGGUGCCAAAGUUGACACAAAUAUUGAGGAGGGAGAUAUGGAGGGAUCAGAGGAAGAUGAAGUAUAUGAUUAUGCACAAGUAGAAUCAGAAGGAAGAGAGCCAUUGUGAGUGGUGGUUGUGAUGUUCGUUAUUCUUCUAUGAUAAUGUGACCUAAAGAACAGUGGCAAGGAGAUUGGAUGUUUUGACAGAUUCGAAUGUGGUCAUUAGGCAGCCAGUAAGAAGAUGGCUUAGUUAGCAGUUUUCAGGAGAUCCGUUUUUGUGACAGAUUAAGUCACCUUUGGACUGGGAGGACACAACAGCUUCUGUUUUGGAACCAUAGGAACAUUCUGAUCCAAGUAUAUUCUUCGUUCCAAAACUAUCACUUCAUCGGCUUUUUACUAAUGUGUGAUGUUUACGCUGGAUUGAUGGAAUCCUUAUCAGCUAUUAGAGUGGUAUAAACAUCCCAUUCUCACACUGAGCUCUGACUACUAUGUGUUGUAAAUGUACUCUGUACUCAAGGAACAUUUAUGUAUGCCAUUAAAAGUUAUGUUACAAAAUUCUUGUGGAGGAAAAGUGUGAGCUUCGCUAUUUCCAGGCAUUAUAGACUCUUUAAUGUCUUAAGGAAACGAGGCGAACAAGGCUGGUAAAGUAUGAUAAUGCUUUAAUCGACAACCAAAUAGAGUUCCACAAGAUACAAGAUUUAACCCAUUAUUCAUUAGCUGAGCUUCCUAUUAUGAUUGGUAAUUGGUUAUCCUCGGUACUCGCUAAAUUAUGUUGUAGCAAUACUUUUCUGUGACACAUAAGAGCAUCUCCAACCAUAAACAUCAAAUUUGGCCCAAUUUGUCCACGGACAACAGCCGACCAAGCCCCAUCUGUCCGCAGGGCAACGACACCCCACAUUCCUCCUCCCCGAAUCCAUGCAAACCAUGCACACAGAUCAUUCAACAAUAAGCCAGCAUGAUCCACGACAAAUAAAAUUUAACAAUCCACACAUAGCCUGUAAAACGAAUAAAUCAAGUGUGUUUGUUGCGCGCGUGGGUGCAGGCUAGUGCCUUUGCGCAUGUGGGUGAACCACAUAGUGUUGGUCAAUAUGAUACUCAACUCUUUGAUGAUCCUUGUGAGCCUCACCUUCUCUCGCAAUCUCAAUGCAGGGACUCGUAGGCCGUGUCUGCAGAGGCGUUCGUGUCCUUGGGAACCCUUCUGGAAUGCCUCCAUUGCGAAGCCGUACGGACAUCGUACAUGGCGCAGUGGAUUGCCCCUUACCAUCCAGUUUUUGAUGAAAGUCACAAGGUUGGAAUGUUACAUAGUGGUUGGGGCGCACCAGUGGUGCGCCGCCUGAGUGGUGAUUCUGCGGUGCCAGGUAUGCCUUCGCCAAUUCAAGUUGCUUUGUUCAGUUCUUGUUAGCACAUGCACAUGGCAAUGAUGCUCUUUGGUCAACGAUUUAUGUUGAUGCUUCAUGUGAAAAGCAAAUCGAAAUCCAUCAUAGGCAAUGGAAAUGAAUCUUGUCUCUUUCCAUAUAAGUAAGCGGAAUUGUAGCACAGUACUAACAACCUACAAGUUAGCUAUUUUUACCGACACCACUUUAGAAAGAGCGUUGACGGACUGACAGCUCCACCGCUUUAUCUCCCGUCCGCCGCGUCCAGCACCCUUGCCUGAAGGAGACACGGGGAGAGAUCGAGAUGUGCAGCGGCGGCGGUGGCUUGCCGGAGUAGAACCAGCCGGUGUGUGUGACGGGAGCCACCAACUACGUUAGCUCAUGGCUCGUCUGCACCAUGGUCCGGCGAGGCCGCUGUGUCCACGGCACGGCGAGGGACCCUGUAUAGAGAUGUUUUCCUCAAGUUGUGUUCAUGGAAAUAACAAUGAAAUCUGAGGAUGGUGACAAUUCCAGCCGAGGAGUAACUCUAGAGUACAAUGCAUCAGUUCUAACACCAUACCUCAUGAGCGUACACAUAGAAAUUCCACAUGGUCGACCCGAAACAUCUCACCACCAUCUGAAAUUCUUGAUAGCCGCCUAGUUCCCUUGCACCCCACGCUACAUCUGCUCGCUGCUUACUUUAUUUUCCUCUCUAACCUUCACCGCUGCCCUUGACUCUCGAAUCUCGACCACCACUCUAGGAGACAACCUGCAGAGGAAAAAAAUUGAUGAUGAAUGGGAUCGGCACUGGGUGACAAGUUGUGGACAAUUGGAGAAGAACGAGCCAUCAUCGGAACUCACAACUCGUCCUCACCGGCUUGGUAACGAUUCAAAUGAAUCAACCACUCAGGUGACGAGGAGCUCCUAGUACUGGCACCAUAAAGAAACUCAAUGAAAAUUAGGUACAGGAGAGUUUGCGCCUGGUAAUGAUUCCCAUGAAUCAACCUCCAAGGUUCUCCAGCAACCUAGAGCACCAAUGAUUUAUUCUUUCAAAUUAAGAACAGGCGGGCACACGAUCCAGCCGGCCUGCCGAUUGCCGAUCCGCCGGAAUCCAACCUGCAAAAUCAAGCACCCAUGACAGUAAAUCAUGAAGAGCAUAUUACUAAAUCGAAGUUAUUUCCAAUUUAUUUUAAUAGAAGGAAACUCCUUCGCUGGUCACAUUUUCUUGAGUGAUAACAAUAUAAGCUUGUUAUGCUGCUCUGUAUCAAGCAGUGUACAAUCAUGAGCAUCAGUCAAAUUGUUUAAAUGUUUUGCUAAGCAAUCGCCAGUCCCUGUGAACUAUGGA